GCUUUUUGUCGUCUCUCACCGUUCUCGUUGAAGAACACACAACGAAGAACCAAAGAGGGAGAGAGAGAGAGAAAGCAUUUGCAAUAGAGGGAAAAAGAGACACGAAAAAUCCAGCUAAAUCGGAGAGAACUGCUAGGUUUUCCAAACCCUGAAUCCGAAAUUCGAAGCAAAACCGAAAUGGCGACGCCAUUUCCGGGUCUCCAGCACCGAGACGGAGGAGGGGGCGUCGCCGUAAUGGCGGGCCCAGUGAACGCCAUCGACCCCUCACCGUCAAAGGCCUGCGUGAAGAACAACCCGGCCCUCAAGCCCCCGAUCCUAAUCUUCUUGUUCUUCCACAAGGCCAUCCGCUCGGAGCUCGAGGGGCUCCACCGUGCCGCCAUGGCUUUCGCCACCGGCGCUGGCGAUAUCAAACCCUUGUUGGAGCGCUACCACUUUCUCCGAGCUAUUUACAAGCACCACUGCAAUGCGGAGGACGAGGUCAUCUUUCCAGCUCUAGAUAUACGUGUGAAGAAUGUUGCUAAAACUUACUCCCUAGAACAUGAGGGAGAAAGUGUUCUUUUUGAUCAGUUGUUUGAGCUGCUAAAGUCAAAUAUGCAAAAUGGAGAAAGCUAUAGAAGAGAGUUAGCGUCUUGUACUGGAGCCCUUCUGACAUCAAUUAGCCAGCAUAUGUUCAAGGAAGAGGAACAGGUCUUUCCCUUGCUUAUUGAGAAAUUUUCAUUUGAAGAGCAGGCCACUUUGGUAUGGCAGUUUCUUUGCAGCAUUCCUGUCAAUAUGAUGGCAGAAUUUCUUCCGUGGCUUUCUUCCUCUAUAUCAUCUGAUGAACGGCAGGAUAUGCGCAAGUGUUUGUGCAAGAUAAUACCAGAAGAGAAGCUUCUUCAGCAGGUUGUAUUUGCCUGGCUUGAAGUGGAGAGUGUGUCUGAAAUGCGUAAAACUUGCAAAGAUAAUCUGAAGGUCAGAUGUCAAGAUUCCGGGUCUAGCGCCUCUACUACUCAGACUGACCAGGCAUACUGUGCAUGUGAAUCUUCUAAAACCGGUAAAAGGAAGCAUAUGGAGCUAAAUUUUGAUCAUACCAAAUCCACUGUGUCUUGCCCUAUAGAUGAAAUAUUGCUUUGGCAUAAGGCUAUAAAAAGAGAGUUGAACGAUAUAGCUGAGGCAGCUAGAAAGAUACAACUUUCUGGAGAUUUUUCUGAUUUGCUUGCAUUCAACAAGAGGCUGCAAUUCAUUGCAGAAGUCUGCAUCUUUCACAGCAUUGCUGAGGACAAAGUUAUAUUCCCUGCUGUAGAUGCAGAACUCUCUUUUGCUCAGGAGCAUGCAGAAGAAGAAAUUCAAUUUGACAAGCUAAGGUGCCUGAUAGAAAGCAUUCAAAGUGCUGAAGCCAACUCAACUUCAGCUGAAUUUUGUACGAAGUUGUGCUUUCAGGCUGAUCAAAUAAUGGACACUAUACAGAAGCACUUCCAUGAUGAGGAGGUUCAGGUUCUUCCUCUUGCUCGAAAGCAUUUUAGCCCCAAAAGACAGCGAGAACUUCUGUAUCAAAGCUUAUGUGUGAUGCCCUUGAAAUUGAUUGAAUGUGUCUUACCAUGGUUGGUAGGAUCAGUUAGUGAUGAAGAAGCAAGGUCUUUUCUUCAGAAUAUGUAUAUGGCAGCUCCUGAUUCAGAUUCUGCACUGGUCACACUUUUUUCUGGCUGGGCCUGUAAAGGUCGUUCAAGGAAUGUUUGCUUGUCUUCAAGUGCAAUUGGUUGUUGCGCUGCAAGGGUACUGACUGGAACAGAAGAUCAUGUUAGCCAACCACUAUGUGCAUGUGCCACACCGUGUGCUGCUGAGGAAAAAUCUCCAUUCAGUCAAGCAGAUGACAAUAGAAGGCCAGUCAAACAUGGAAGUGCAAUACCACGGGAAGAUAGUGAUGCUUGUCACUCUACAGGAACUGUAAAUUCUGUUAAAUUAUCUUGCAGUAAUCAGUCUUGCUGUGUCCCUUGUUUAGGAGUGAAAGACAAUAAUCUAGGAGUAAGCUCUUUAUCAGCAGCAAAAUCUCUACGUUCCCUAUCUUUUAGUCCUUCUGCUCCUUCCCUCAACUCAAGUCUUUUUAACUGGGAAAUAGAUAUAGCCUUUGCUGACACUGGAUCUGCAACACGGCCUAUUGAUAACAUAUUUAAAUUUCAUAAAGCCAUUCGCAAAGAUUUGGAAUAUUUGGAUGUUGAAUCCGGAAAGCUUAAUGAUUGUAAUGAGGCCUUUCUUAGGCAAUUUACUGGCAGAUUUCGUUUGUUAUGGGGUUUAUAUAGAGCUCAUAGUAAUGCAGAGGAUGAUAUAGUAUUUCCAGCAUUGGAAUCUAAAGAAACUCUUCAUAAUGUGAGCCACUCCUAUACUUUGGACCACAAGCAGGAAGAGAAACUAUUUAAGGAUAUUUCUUCUACACUUUCUGAGCUCACACAACUGCAUGAGCGAUUGAACAGUACAAAUAUAGCUGAUCAUUUAACUGGAAGUUACUUUGAUCCUUCUGAUCAUAAUGAUACUAUGAGAAAGUACAAUGAGCUGUCCACUAAGCUUCAAGGCAUGUGCAAAUCCAUUAGAGUUACAUUGGAUCAACAUGUUUUCCGGGAAGAACAUGAAUUAUGGCCAUUGUUUGACAGACAUUUUUCUGUGGAAGAACAGGAUAAAAUUGUUGGUAGAAUAAUUGGUACUACAGGUGCAGAAGUCCUUCAAUCAAUGUUGCCAUGGGUUACUUCUGCUCUUACUCAGGAGGAACAAAACAAAAUGAUGGACACCUGGAAGCAUGCAACUAAAAAUACAAUGUUCAGUGAGUGGCUUAAUGAAUGGUGGGAAGGAACUUAUGCUGCAUUUCCAAAUACAACAACAUCAGGGAGUAGCAUUUCACUAGGUACUGAUGCCUACGAAAGCUUGGAUCACAGUGAUCUAACUUUCAAGCCUGGAUGGAAAGAUAUCUUUAGGAUGAAUCAAAAUGAGCUUGAAUCUGAAAUAAGAAGAGUUUCUCGAGAUUCAACUCUUGAUCCGAGGAGAAAAGCAUAUCUUAUUCAAAACCUUAUGACCAGUCGGUGGAUAGCAUCUCAGCAGAAGUUACUUCAGGCAACGGUUGGUGAAAGUUCAAAUUGUGAAGACUUACUUGAAUGUUCUCCGUCAUUUCGUGAUUCGGAGAAACAAGUAUUUGGGUGUGAGCAUUACAAAAGAAAUUGCAAACUCCGUGCUGCUUGCUGUGGCAAGUUAUUUACAUGCAGGUUCUGCCAUGAUAAAGUCAGUGACCAUUCAAUGGAUAGGAAGGCUACAGCUGACAUGAUGUGUAUGCAGUGCUUGAAAAUUCAGCCUGUUGGGCCACUUUGCUCAACUCCUUCCUGUGGUGGACUAUCAAUGGCAAAGUACUAUUGCAGUAUUUGCAAAUUUUUUGAUGAUGAAAGGACAGUUUAUCAUUGUCCUUUCUGCAAUUUAUGCCGUGUUGGGAAGGGACUUGGUAUUGAUUUCUUUCAUUGCAUGACAUGCAAUUGUUGCCUGGGCAUAACGUUAGUGGAUCACAAAUGCUGCGAGAAAAGUCUGGAAAUAAACUGUCCCAUAUGCUGUGAUUUUUUGUUCACAUCAAGUGCGACUGUUCGAGCUCUUCCAUGUGGCCAUUUUAUGCAUUCAGCUUGCUUCCAGGCAUACACUUGCAGUCACUAUGUUUGCCCAAUUUGCAGCAAAUCUUUGGGAAAUAUGGCGGUUUACUUCGGCAUGCUUGAUGCUCUAUUGGCUUCUGAGGAACUCCCAGAAGAAUACAGGAACCGCUGUCAGGAUAUACUUUGCAAUGACUGUGAUAAGAAGGGGAAUGCACCCUUCCACUGGCUAUACCAUAAGUGUGGGUCUUGUGGAUCCUAUAAUACUAGAGUAAUUAAGGUUAAUUCUAGUUCCUAUUGCUCAACAUCAAACUUGUGAGGGCAUCUGGCUUUCCCUUGGUCUUAUUUGGUUGUUUAAAUACCUUUGGCGGCAGCACCAGUUAUACAUAGCUUUGUAAAGUAACAUGCCAUUAAAAUAGUUAAUUUUUAGGGUUACACCCCAAAACCAGUGAUCAUCCUUUUCUCCCCCAACAUUACGAGGUUGGUUGAUUUUUGUUCCUUACAUGGAUUUUCAAUGUAGAAACUGAAAAUAUAUUGCCUUGAGGAGGAAAAAAUUUAUCAAUAGAAAGUCUCUGCCAUUGCUUAAA